UUCAAUUACUUGCAAAUCUGAAUACAUUUCUAUAUCACUUAUAAUUUCCAUAUUUGCUUGAGGAAGAGAAGCAGGAAGAUUUACAUUAUGACUUAUAGGUAUUACUGCUAAAGGAAGGUAUCUUUCGAAAUGAUAUCAAGCUACUUUUACAGAGCUAUUGCAUUGAUGCUGACAGUGGGUGCUCUUUCAAAAAUUCAGAAAAUUGAUAGACGAGAACAAGCUAGAUCAGAGAAAUUUGCCAAGCUUUUAGAACAUGAUGAUAAAAAGGACAAAGCAAGCAGCCAGCAAACAGUGUGCUAUUACCGAGCUGAAAGAAACGAAAGCGGACGACUUCAACCAGAAGACAUCGAUACAUCCCUCUGUACUCAUUUGAUCGUGGGUUUUGCUGAGGUUCGCUACGACUUCUUGUUACCUAAGACGAUGCAUGAUCUGGAGUGCUUCAAUAGGACAGCUAAUCUCAAGAAGAAAAAUUCGAAGAUGAAAGUAAUGUUGUCUGUCGGCGGAAAAUCGAAUGGAAGAUUCUCGAAGAUGGUGAUGACGAGCCAUGGAAGAGAAAA